AUGUCUGAAAUACACUACGACUAUAUCAUAAUCGGCGGUGGCCUUGCCGGGUGCACGCUUGCCGGUAGGCUCGCCGAAAAGAAUCGCUCCCUCCAAAUCCUCAUCAUCGAGGCUGGUCCAAACGUCGCCGGACACACUCUGACUGAGUAUCCGCUCGCAUGCUUCGGUGCGCAUUUCUCGCCGCUUGACUGGGCGUAUACCACCGUCCCUCAAACCCACCUCGACAACCGAAUGUGCUAUAACAGUGCGGCAAAAGCGCUGGGCGGCGGUUCUGCAAUCAACUACGGGACUUGGACUCGCGGAAAUGCGGCGGAUUAUGACCGGUGGGCGGCAAUGGUUGAUGAUGAGAGUUGGGGCUAUGAAGCAUUGCUGCCUUAUUUCAAGAGAAUGGAGAAUUGCCUGGAUUGCAAGGGCACUGAGACCGGUGCACAUGGGGUUUCCGGGCCAAUUCAUAAUGUCUCUGUGUCGGGAGGCAGUGCGGACCGAAUCUACCCACUGAGAGAGCCUUUGAGACGCGCGUGGGAGAGGCUGGGUGUGAAGGAGGUAUUAGAUGCGAAUGCGGGUUCGCCACUUGGGCUGGGAGAGCUGGUUGAGAAUUGGCGUGAAGGCCGGCGGCAGAUUACAGCUGAUGUUUUUAACAUCUUAGAGAGGCCGGGCAUCACAACCUUGACAGAGACGAUGGUGCAGAAAAUCCUUAUCGAAAAAGACCAACAGGGAAAGAAAGUCGCAAAGGGAGUGCAGGUGGUUCAAGGCCCUGUAUUCCUUGCUGAUAGGGAGGUCAUCGUAUCUGCAGGGGCAUAUCGUACCCCACAAAUCUUGAUGCUCUCUGGGAUCGGCCCAAAGGAUGAGCUCGCGAAGCUGGGUAUCGCCGCCGUCGCGGAUGCACCAGGGGUUGGGCAGAACCUGCACGAUCAUUUUGCCUUCGUGCAGUGGUGGAGGCUGCGACACCCAGAAAAGGGGUUAUCAAUCGGUACACCAUUGUGGGACAGUUUAGCAUACGGCAUGGGACUGCCCUGUGAUUGGAUUGCCACGCUACAGGCUCCUCGCAACGAGCUCGUCCAGGCCCUUCAUCAGGACGGAGCAACCGAUGUAGGGAGCCAUCCAUAUCUUGCUCCUGAUGCUUGUCAUGUAGAGACGCUCAUCGUAUAUGCACCCGCAGGGGCGGCCGUCUCGCGCAUAGAGAUCCCGAUGGACGGCACGCAUAUCGCCUCGGCCGUCCUAGGUAUGGCGACGACAUCACGAGGCCGGAUCACUCUCGCGUCAGCGGACGCAACGACUGCGCCACUGAUUGAUCCCAACUACUACGCAACCGAAUUUGAUCGCGCCGUGCUCCGUGCAGGGAUUCGGCAGGUAGGAAAACUUCUCUUGGAGACACCGGAGGGUAAAGAGACUGUGGAGGCGGAAGCGCCGCAUCCUGGGUUCCAGGCGCUUGGUGUAGAGCCAACAGACGUUGAAAUUGAUGCUAGGGUGAAAGCAGGUGGCAAUACUUUUUAUCAUCCGGGCGGCACAGCCGCGAUGGGCAAAGUCGUUGACACUUCUCUUCGGGUGAUAGGCGUGGAGGGUUUGAGAGUCGUGGAUGCAAGUGUCCUACCGCUACCGGUAACUGCACAUUACCAGGCAUUAGUAUAUGCCAUCGCCGACAAGGCGGCUGAUCUCAUACUUAGCUAA